CACACACACAUGUAUACACAAAAACAGCCAAUGAAAGAGAGAGAGAGAGAGAGAGAGUGAAAGAGAGAGAGAGAGCUACAACAGGAUAUUUUGUCACCAUGGUUACUGGCAGCAGAUACCGAUCUUCUGUGUGUCAUGCUGUUUUCAGCCAAGGCGGACUGACUGUAGCAGUGUCGGGGCAGCUCCUCCAACAGUGGCAAACUUCGGGCAAAGAAUUCUCUGUUCCUUUUUGGCUCCAUGUGACUUCAGUAAAUCCGAGGAGCGACGUAUUACAUCUGUGAAGUUCCUGAAAUAUCAAUAUGGGUUCAGUCACCGUGCCCGUGACCACUGCCGUCUCAUCCUACAAUGACUCUAACAAGACCGCUUGCAACAACCUGUACGACCACCGGGUUUACGCCAGAGUCAUCAUGCCUCUUUUCUACUGCAUCGUGUUCUUCGUGGGACUGUUCGGUAACUGCCUCGCCCUCCACGUCAUCCGUCCCAACCUGAAGAAGAUGAACUCCACCACCUUGUACUCCCUCCACCUGGUCAUAUCAGACAUCCUCUUCACCCUCUCCCUGCCUGUCAGGAUUGCCUACUACGCUCUGGGCUUCCACUGGCCUCUCGGCGAAGCGAUGUGCAAGAUCUCGGGCUUCAUCUUCUACAUCAACACCUACGCGGGGGUCAACUUCAUGACCUGCCUCAGCGUGGACCGCUUCAUUGCCGUGGUGCUGCCUCUGCGCUUCGGUCGACUCCGGAAAGUCAGCAACGUGCGCUACAUUUGCGUCGGCGUGUGGAUGCUGGUCCUGGCGCAGACCCUCCCCCUCCUCGGCAUGCCCAUGACCAACAAAGAGCCCGAUGGCCACAUCACCUGUAUGGAAUACCCCAACUUCGAGAAGGUUGAACAUAUAGCCACUAUACUGAUCGGCGCCGUCUUCCUGGGCUACGUCAUCCCCGUAAUCACCAUCCUGGUGUGUUAUUCUGUCUUGUGCUCCAAACUCCAUUCGUCAGCCAAGACCAACCAUUUGACAGAAAAGUCCGGCCGGAGCCGCAAGGCCAUCGGCGUGAUCUGCUGCGUGUCCCUGGUGUUCGUCGUCUGCUACAGCCCCUACCACAUCGACAUCCUGCAGUACAUGAUCCGCAAGCUGGUGUCGGAGCCCGACUGCGCCAACCUCACGGCCUUCCAGGUGUCGCUGCACAUCACCGUGUGUCUGAUGAACCUCAACUCCUGCCUGGAUCCAUUCAUCUACUUCUUUGCCUGCAAGGGCUACAAAAGGAAACUAUUAAAGCUGCUGAAGCUGCAGGUGAGCAUGUCCUACUCCAGCGCGGUGAGGACGUCGCCCGAAGGCUCCUCCAAGGACUUCAUCGACGGCAACAAGUUCCAGCUCACUUCUACCGCCGGUGGUACGACCAGUGAGAGACUCUCAGAGAGGAGAUCACACCGGCAUGAGUGAACUAAGGGACCGUAAGUUGCGUCAAACAAGAGGACAUCUUUGUGUCUCUGUGGGCAUUUUAUUUGAAGAAGAGUACUGGUGUGAGCUCUGAAAUGGACUUAGCCACAUCAUCAUGGACGCCAAGCAGCUGCUCAUCAUUUGGUUCCACUGGAAUGCAGCUACAGAAUCAAUCAUGAUUUUCAAGAAGGACAAUCCAGCGUUCUUUGUGUUAACGUAUUUUCUUGUUAAUAUUGUUGAAAUAUCCAAGAAAGCAGAGAUCAUUGCAGCUACAGAAAGAAAGGAGUGCUUUGUUUUACUUUUUCUUUCUUUUUUUUACUUUUACAACAGCGCUGGUCUGUGGUAAUCGGUCAAGAUGAAAUACACACUGAGGAACAUCUGUUAUCUGAACAGUUGGGAAAGAUAUGUGACAUAAGCACAAGCAGGGGAAGUGUGGCUGCUUAGCAUUCAGCAGCACAGCCGUCUCACAUUCUACACCCGAUCAUUCUGUCGGAUUUAGAUACUAGGACUGAUAAAGAUCUGAGUCAUAGCGGGAGAGAAGUUUCCGGUCUGUUCACAGUUGUGACACCUCUGAAAAGCCGAUAAAAUGCACAACACCUUUUUUUUUUUUUUUUAACACCUGUUGAAUGAAUGAAUUGACCAUAUCCGGUUAAGAAAGCGCCUCAUAUUUGACUCCUCUCAUUUUACUGUGUUUGUAUGACUUUAUUUAGAUAAUUUGUACACGACCUGUUUAUGGAGUUCACAUUCUUUAAAAAGUAAAAGGAAAGCAUUCAUUGGUUGGAUUUUAAUCAGAUUAAACGGCAGCAGAAAGGCAUAUUCAAAUUUUCCGGACUUGAAACCCGAAAUUUUGCAUAUACCGUUUUAGUUUGUAGCAUUUCCACCAACGGUUUUAUUUGUCACAUGUAGGAUUUUAUUUAUUAUCUUUUUUUUUUUAAUUGUUUUUAUUAUUGCACAUGUGUGAUCGGUAAACAGAAAGAAGAACAGGCCACCCAGAUUACAAAAAACAAAAGCAUAAUGUAACCAAAAGUGAAAGAGAUUGACCAAUUUCCUCUCUUUUUUAUUUUUUUUGUAUUUGGUGUUCUCUUGAAUGAGUGUUUAUCUCAUCAAAAAUAACUGCGAGAAGAAACAAGUGGAAAAAGUGGGCGUCAUUUGAUGCAAUGCAUCAAAAACAUGUAUAUAUUCCUUUAACAGUGUUGUCCACUGCGUGAUUGAUACCUCUGAAUGAUGAUCUCCAGCCUCCUCACUUCUGUUCAUACAUUUAGUUUAAAACUUGUUCGGCUCUGUAAAACGUUGUGUACGUUAAUAAAUGUUUCGCAGUCAA